AUGGAGGCCGCUACUCGCCGGCACUUCUUCCACCACGGCGGAGACGACCCCUCCGCCUCCCCAGCCGAGCGCGACGGCUGCCACUGGUGCCAGCUCCGCAGCUUCGCGACGCACAAGGCCCUGCCCAUCACCGUCGUCAACGAGACCGACGACGGCGCCGUCCUGCCCCCAGACUUUCGCUUCAUCGACCGCUCCGAGUUUGGCGACGGGGUCGAGCCCGCGGCGGCUAACUUCCGCAGCGGGUGCGAGUGCGCCGACGACGACGAGGAGUGCAUGUACGAAGGGUGCCACUGCCUGGGCGAGAUGGAGGCCGACUCGGACGGCGCCGAUGGGGGGAGAGCAGGUCCGCGCAGGAAGAUCUUUGCGUACCACAGCCACGGGGCCAAGGCCGGGAUGCUGAGGAGCAAAGUGCUGCAGUCGCGCGAGCCCAUCUACGAGUGCCACGAGGGGUGCGCGUGCUCGUCGAGGUGUCCGAACCGGGUCGUGGAGAGGGGCAGGCAGAUCCCGCUGCAGAUCUUCCGGACGGAGAACCGAGGCUGGGGCGUCCGGUCCCUCGUCGACGUCAAGCGCGGCCAGUUCGUCGACCUCUACCUCGGCGAGGUCAUCGCCGCGCGCGAGGCCGACCGCCGGCGCGCCGCGUCGUCCCGGGCGCAGCGCAAGGACGUCUACCUCUUCGCGCUCGACAAGUUCUCGGACGAGGCCUCGCUGGACCCGCGGCUCGCGGGCCCGCCGCUCGAGGUCGACGGCGAGUUCCGGUCCGGCCCGACGCGGUUCGUCAACCACAGCUGCGAGCCCAACAUGCGCAUCUUUGCGCGCGUGGGCGACCACGCGGACAAGCACGUGCACGACCUGGCGCUGUUUGCGGUGCGCGACAUCCCCAAGGGCGAGGAGCUGACGUUUGACUACGUCGACGGGCUCGAGUCGAUGGACGACGACGCCAACGACCCGCGCACGAGGGACGACAUGACGCGGUGCCUGUGCGGGAGCAAGAAGUGCCGCGGGGCUGCUGCUUCUCCUCGCCGGGCGAAGGCCCCAACUCGCCCUACCCAGGAGGCGGCGCCGACGACCCAGCCGCCUCCUCGACCCGCCCCAUCAACAACAGCAACAACGCCAACGCCGUCACCAACCCCCGUGCCCAAGGCACCGCCGCCGCCUGCGCCACCGCAGCAGCUUCCUCCGCCGGGACCACCUCCACCUCCACCUCCACCGCCGGCCCGACCAGCAACAGCAGCAGCGCCAGACACCACCACCGCCGCCGCAGCCGCACCCACCGCCACAGCCAGCAGCCGCUGUCGCAGCACAUCAACAAGCCCCUCCGCCGCCACACCUGGGCCUCCCCCUCCAGCCUGUCCACCGCCCGCCGCGGCGCCGGCGCCGCCGCCAACCGCCGCCGCUGGAGCCGGCGCGCCAUCGACCGCGAGCGCGCCGACUUCUUCGACACGCGCGUCGCCGGCCGCGCCCCCGCCGCCGGCGCCUCCAAGCUAUCGGAUACAUGCUCCGUAA